AGGGCGGUACUGGCCGCGGGAGGUUGGGAGCCGGCGGGCCGCGCUCGGCGGACGUUUCCCAGCAGCCGGGCGCUCUUUGUUCCCGCGGCGGCGGGGAGCCGGCCCGCCCCUGCCUGGACGAGACGCAGGUGAAAUGAUGAUGUCACUUGGGAGAACUCAGAACCCGGUUGGAGGGGUCCUCUCUCGCGGCCUUCUGCCUCCGCGGGUUUCUGGACGGGCUCCGUUUUGUUCUCAGUGGAUGGAAGUUCUUCCUUUCAGGGCUGAAGAAUGAGAGAGAUAUCUCCCGGGGCCAAUUCAGCACCUCUACCUGGCCAUCCUAACAAGGUGAUUUGUGAAAGGGUGAGACUUCAGAGCCUGUUCCCUCUUCUCCCAAGUGAUCAGAACACUACCAUUCAAGAGGAUGCUCACUUCAAAGCUUUCUUCCAGAGUGAAGAUAGUCCGAGUCCUAAGAGACAGCGCCUCUCUCAUUCAGUCUUUGAUUAUACAUCAGCAUCACCAGCUCCCUCACCACCAAUGCGACCAUGGGAGAUGACAUCAAAUAGGCAGCCCCCUUCAGUUCGACCAAAUCCACAUCACUUCUCAGGGGAACGAUGUAACACACCUGCACGCAACAGAAGAAGUCCUCCUGUUAGGCGUCAGCGAGGAAGAAGGGAACGUCUAUCUCGACAUAAUUCCAUUAGUCAAGAUGAAAACUAUCACCAUCUCCCUUAUGCACAGCAGCAAGCAAUAGAGGAACCUCGAGCCUUCCACCCUCCGAAUGUAUCUCCCCGUCUGUUACAUCCAGCUGCUCAUCCACCCCAGCAGAAUGCAGUCAUGGUUGACAUACAUGAUCAGCUCCAUCAAGGAACAGUUCCUGUCUCCUACACGGUAACCACAGUGGCACCCCAUGGGAUUCCACUCUGCACAGGCCAGCACAUCCCUGCUUGCAGUACACAACAGGUCCCAGGAUGCUCUGUUGUUUUCAGUGGACAGCACCUCCCUGUCUGUAGUGUGCCUCCUCCAAUGCUUCAGGCAUGUUCAGUUCAGCACUUACCAGUACCAUAUGCUGCGUUCCCACCCCUCAUUUCUAGUGAUCCGUUUCUUAUACAUCCUCCUCAUCUUUCUCCCCAUCAUCCUCCCCACUUGCCACCACCAGGCCAAUUUGUCCCUUUCCAAACACAGCAGUCACGAUCGCCUCUGCAGAGGAUAGAAAAUGAAGUGGAGCUCUUAGGAGAACAUCUUCAAGUAGGCAGUUUUACUUAUCCCCCUUCGGCCCACCCCCCAACAUUACCUCCGUCAGCUCCUUUGCAGUUCCUGACACAUGACCCUUUGCAUCAGGAGGUGUCCUUUGGAGUACCUUAUCCACCAUUUAUGCCUCGGAGACUCACAGGACGUAGUAGAUACCGAUCCCAGCAGCCAAUACCCCCUCCUCCUUACCAUCCCAGCUUACUGCCAUACGUGUUAUCAAUGCUUCCAGUACCACCUGCAGUGGGCCCAACCUUCAGCUUUGAAUUGGAUGUGGAAGACGGAGAAGUUGAAAAUUAUGAGGCCCUGUUAAACCUGGCAGAGAGGCUGGGAGAGGCAAAACCUCGGGGACUGACUAAAGCAGAUAUUGAACAGCUUCCUUCGUACAGGUUCAACCCUAGCAACCACCAGUCAGAGCAGACUUUGUGUGUAGUAUGCAUGUGUGAUUUUGAGUCAAGGCAGCUUCUUAGAGUCUUACCCUGUAACCACGAGUUCCAUGCCAAGUGUGUUGAUAAAUGGCUUAAGGGAAAUCGUACUUGCCCAAUUUGCCGAGCCGAUGCUUCCGAAGUGCAUCGGGAUUCAGAGUGACCAGCCUAAGAGCACAAAUUUAGUUUGGGUGUUCCUCAUCACAUGUAUAUAUGGACUAUCCAUUGAACUUAACCUGUGUGGCUUCCAGCCCUCCCUUUACCAAAAGGGUCAAUGGACCUUUCUUUGCACUGUGUGACUUAAUCAACUAUAAAAGCUUACAAUUAGUCUUCACAA